AUGGACGAGAACGACUCGAUUGCACGGGAUAACGACUCACCGGAACUCCAGCCAUUAGAUGGGAGACCAAGAUCGCGACGACGUCCAUUCUCCGCCACUUCGACGAGACGAGAAAUCCCGGUGGUGAUUGUAUAUGCCCGUGAUUGGGCGAUUUCCGCUUCGUUGAUGCAAGAACACAACGGGAUCUACCAUCCUGUUGCGUUCGCCAGCCGCACGUUAAAGAUGAACGAGUUGAAUUACAAUGUGAUCGAAAAGGAAGUACUGGCACUACUGAGGAUUCUGGAUCUCUACUACAAUUUAUUGGUGGGAGGCGAGGUCCGGGGCCGCCUAGGGCAAUGGCCGGCCCUCCUGGCCCCUACGAAAGGAGAAGACGAGAUACUGGGGGCGAUCGCUGCCAGCAUCACGCCGAGAUCGAAUAUGGAUGACGACUUAGCCGCUAUCGUCCCCCGGAAGGAACCUAAACGCCGGAUCCAAACGCCGAUACCUACCGUAGAUCGCGAAGAGGAAUUAUGUGUGAUCAGGUUUGAUGGAUCAGCGCGAGUGAAGCGGGGCGGAGGCACGUUCAGCGCGAUCGUGUGGAGUCUGCCCGGAUGGAGGGUGGUCAAAGCUAGAUCGGGCUAUCUCGAGAGUCUCACCGUGAACGAAGCAGAAUACAACGGCCUGCUGUUGGGACUCGACAUGCUAGGGGACCUAGAUCGCAAGCGCCUAGUGAUAUUCCAACUUAGUGAUCCGGCAAGUACGGGGCAAGAUCGAUUGCAAAGCACCCGAGCUGGAGCCAUGAAGCAGAAGGCCCUCGAUCGCCCGAGGAACUGGAGCGAUCAUGAGCUCGUGCAUGUGAAGAGAGACUGGAAUGGGAGCACCGAUAGUCUAGCGAGCGCCGCUUUGCAACGCCAAGGCGGGAUCGAGGUCCAAGACCUGGUCACCCUGAAACGGUUGGGCGAGAUCCUCAUUCCCAAGAUCGAGACCCCAGUGGUGCGAGGGGCGGCGGUCACCACCCGAGCUUCUCGAGUACGGACACCCGCGGGAGUCAUGCAAGAAGACCUGAUCCAAAAGAUUCGGGUCGAUCAGAUCAGGCAGGCUCAGAAGGAGGAAGUCUGGAUCGCAGGCAUGAAGAAGUACCUGAGUGGCUCGAUCGCCGACCUCACGCAAGAGGAAGCAAGAUCGUACGGCAAGAUCGCGGCCGACAACGAGGUGGACGAACAGGAUCUACUCUUCUACUACCCACCCAAGCCGAGAUCGGGGGACGAUCGCGAUCGGUUGCUGAGACUAGUGGUGCCCGAAAUGUUGCAAUCGGACGUCUUACACCACUAUCACACCACGUUGAAGGGUAGGCAUCAGGGAGUGGGCCGUACCUACCAGCGGAUCAGGGAUCACUUCCACUGGAGAGGAUUAUAUCGGAGCGUUCAGCGAUAUGUGGGAGAAUGCGUGGACUGUGAAACGGGAAAAGGAAAACCUGCCAUUCGGGGCGAAUCACCAGGGACCUUGCAGGCGACAUACCCGUUCCAGAUCAUUGCGAUGGAUCACAUACCGUCGCUGCCCAGAUCCCGCAAGGGGAAUAAUGAGUUAUUGAUCUGGGUCGAUCCGUUCACAGGAUACGUGAUCGCGAAAGCUAGCUCGUCCCGGUCGGCCCAGACGGUCGCGGAAUCGUACGAAAAGUGUGUAUUUCGGCAAUUUGGUGCCAGCGAGAUGAUCCGGUAUGAUCGAGAACCCGGUUUCAUUUCCGACUUCUUCCGGUCGUUCAAUAAGAUCCUGGGACAACGGCAGCGAGCGACGAUGGCAUAUCGGCCGCAAGCCAACGGGGCCGCAGAAAGAAUGGUACAGACGGCAACCAGGGCACUCAAGAUGUACGUUCGCGAUCUGGAUCAGAAGGAUUGUGUGGUGAAGUCGGUGAAACUUUCACCCCUUGAC